UGUAGUUAUUUUGUAUUUUACCCUUUGCCACGCAUCUAGCUUGACCUGUGAUGCUCGGGCCUCCUUAUGAACUAAUAAAUGCUUUCACUCCAAAAGGUUGGAGUUUAGAAGAGCUCAAAUCUAUUUUUUCCUCUUUUGGAGUGUUAUACGGAGAUGGAAUUAAAGUGUCGACCAACCCUAAAAAAAAUUCUCACUUUAAAGUGUUGUUUACAACAACAAAAGGCGUUCUAGAUGCAUAUAAAGCACUGAAUGGAGCAAGGUGUGCCGUGUUUGAUCCAACUCUACGAUGGAAUCUUACCUAUUCAAAAGAAACACGUUUAAAGCUUAUUGCAUCAGGUCUUCUUAAUGAAUCGGCUCAAAAGAGAUGGGUAGCACCUAUAAGGAUGCCACCCGGACCAAGUACUCAACUGCUUCAUAAGUCAUGUAGUAAGACUGUGGAAAAGGGAGAAAAAACUAGAGGAAAUGAAGAGAAAAAAAUAAUGAGAAAACAAGAAGCGUUAAAUGCUUUUAAACAACUAGAAAAAAUAAAAAAAACAUCCUUACACUCUUUUACUCUGGAUUUGAAAGUGAAAAACAAGGAUACGACACACACUACUGAUUCGCAUGCAACUUGUGGUUUUUCUCUUAAAGAACCACAACAAAUAAAACCGCCUUUCUCUGAAAAAAUAAAAAGUCAACAAAAAGAAACGUCAAGUGAACAGCGUACUAAAGUGGAUCCUUCCUUACCGUCCCCAAUCAUACUUGAUCUCCCUUGUAGUGUUGUAAAAGAUGUAACAUUAACGAAACGUGAAUGUAGUAAAACAGGUGAGAAUGCGACCGUUUUAACGACAUUUCAAAGUCCCGGCCAAAAUGAAAUAUCUCAACAAGUUUCUUGUGCUGAUGGAAGACAUGGUUUCAGUACGUUAAAUAAAAAAAGUGGUGAAUUGUUGAUCACCCCUGACAAAACAAUAACACCUAGCGUCAAUGGCCAAGCUUCUUGUAUUCAUUUGAUGGAGGCAAAUAAAAAAGAACUGUUAUUGACAGAUACACAAACAAAACCUUAUGUUACGCCGGAACUGAAACAAAAGAACUCCGCUUUGUUUAAAAUGAUGUGUACAAACGAAUCAGUCAAUCACUCGAAUUGUGUUGCUAGAUCUACCAGUGUUAACAAACAAAACGAAAUGACAGGAAGAAAAUUAAGCAUUAUAUCAUUACUAAAAACUCAAGAAACUUGUUCUAGCGAUAAGCGUUCCGAUGAAGAAAAACAUUUAUGCUUGAAUCCCGUUUCAUCUAAUGCUAUGACUGAGCACAUGAUUUACACAAAACAAACCAUUUCUGCUUCUUCUAGUUCCAUUCAAAUGAUAAAAACACCUCAACUUUAUCAUAUUCUUAUAGAGCCUUGUAUAGCGUUGGAUUCUUGGUGUCACCCCUUUGUUAAUCCUAGUUGUUUUUUUCCACCCAUUCUGCCUUAUCCUUUUAAAGCUGAUAACUCUGUUGAUACAACUUAAUUUUUUAUCAAUGAGGAAGAAAGCUUAUCAAGUUUGUUUUUAUAUAGCAAACUAUAAAGUCAUGCAAAAACUUCUUUUUAACAUUUAAACAAAUAUUUAUUAUCACAAAAUGAUUCAAAAAUUGAAGUUACUUAAAUUAUGUAUGUGAUAAAAUUUCUUUUCGGUACAACGGUAUAAGUCUUUUUGUUUCGAUUGAAACGCUUAACAAAAACAGUCAUGGUCAAAUUAAAAUGUUUUCUAUCUUUUUAUUGUUUCUUUUUCCCGUUCCAGGUGAACCCGCACAACAUAGAAGGCACAAGAAAGAUUACUAAGGGAAGACUAAAAACGAUAUUAAAAACAGAAAAGCUCAUGUACUUGAAUUUGAUAAGGAAGAGGAGGGUGCGAGUCAUAGAUUUUCCAAUAACGCGAAAUUGUCCAUAAUUCCGUUAAAAGUAUAAAAAUAUUAAGAAUGCCUUGUAAACCAAAACGUUUCAUACGAAAGUUGGUAACAAAAUGCUGUAUAUCAUCUGUUCCCAAAAUGGCAGCAAGAGUUAUGAAAACUGUACGUAAAAAGACAAUCCAAUGUGAUGUAACAAUUUGCAUUUGUGACUUUAAAAAGAAAACGUUCACAUCUGCAAAUGUCGCCUAAGCAAACAGAAUCGACUUUUGUUUCACCCCUUUCAAUCUAUUGCAGGUGGACACUGUUUUUCUUAUCACUUACCACAAAAACAAAAACCAACAUGGUGCAAUACGUCCAGAAAGACGAUAGACCAGAAUGAAAAUGCUUUAUCUUCCUGCAGUUUCAGCAAGAAACAGUGAUGCAUAAUGAAGAGUAAAAGAUUUACCAUGAAUUAAUAUUUUUUAAUAAGGAGACAAGUUGAUUGUGAACUGAUUUGGGGCAAGUGUCACGAGAACUUUUGUUCAAACUACCAACGGUGGCGUUUGUUGUCGCAAGAGAAUCCGUUGAAGAAGUUAUAUUAUUCCAAUACCACAAAAAAAACAAUUACCUUUAAAUUUAAAUAGUCCACUAACAUUAUUCCUAGAACAAUUCCCAAACAAUUACAUCCUAAAACAUCUAAAACUAUCUGCAAAAAAUUAUGUUGCUACUAACGUGAAUAUUCUCCACUCAAGAAUACUUACAUGAUCCCACCAACACUGCCACGAAAAGAAAAAAAGUCAAAUAAUUUUAGUUAAAGAAAAUGAGUUACCUCAUGGAAAUUAGGUAAGAUGUGCCUAAAUGUAAUUUCCAUGAGUUCAAAAAAUAUAGAUAACGUCCAUAACAAAGCUGUGUCUCGAAUGAUGAGUGCUUUAAUAAACCAACCAAAGAAAUGAGCCAAAACAAAAAUAUCAAUUUUUUCCUUUAAAAAAAAAAAAUUACUCAAAACCUUUCUUUUCUAAUUCAAAAGAUAAAUUAUUUCAAAAAAAAAGUUCUCUAUGUUUUUUUUUGGUUAUCGUACAAAUACAAAACCUUUCUAAUGAAAAAAGUGUCUUACUUGAACAUUAAAAAACAAAGACUUUGGAUGGCCAGGGGUAAAAAUAUUACAGUCUAAAGCAUAACUGAUUUCCGAAUAAUCUUUAAGCCUUAUAUUCCAGCUUUGCAACUUUUUUCUGACAUGGUGAAUAUCCUUGAGAAAAUUGUGAAUAUAGGAUUACAAGAUUGAAAUAUAUAUGACGCCAAAACAUCGAGUUACAUACUUGAGUGGAAAUAACAAAGAGUAAAAGUAUAUAAGCCACAGAAACCAGAUGAAUGGAAUAAACAAAAUAGAUGUUGAGAUUGAAUUUUUCAUUUUUUAUUUUCAUUAUUUAAUUUAUAAAAAACGAAUGGAAGCCCUACAAGGAACUAAAAUUGAUUAUGAAAAACAUUAUUUAAAGCAUGUUUUCUUUAAACAAAAGAGUUUCCAGAUUGAUUAAAUACUUGUUAAAAUCAAUCAAUAGCUUUUUUUUUAAAAAGCAGUUUGCAAGGUAAAAGAAUAGAAUUUUCUUUUUGACAACUUACUCAAUGACCAACAGAAAAAAGAUAAAAAUUGAAUUACAAUUAAAGAUAGUAAAAUUGAAACUACAACAAAUUAUGCAUAUGCGUCAAAAAAUUUAUAUAACUUCUCGUUAUAUGUACAUAUAAUUACUUUGAAAAUUAAAAAUGAAAAAAAUCGAAUCGAUUAAUUACAUUGAUUACAAAAAAAAAAAACGAUAUUUAUUUUUUAUUCAGUGUCAAUCAUGAAAUGCCAUUUAAAACAUAACAUGCUGAAUCCUGUGCUUACAAAAGUUAAAACGGCACGUUAGGAUACUACUCGUUUUGGGUCCAUGAACAUGGUAUUUAUUGACAUUCUAUCUUAAUUAUCUUUUUUUAUACAAAGCUAUCUAAAAUGAGAAAGUGUGAUAUGCACCUCACAACUGAAAAUUGUUCUCGAUACAAUUAAAAGUUACUUGCUUUAAGAACGAAACUUCAUUAUAUGUGUAACAUCUAACACAUUAGUUUACUUGAAAUCUAAAAACAUUUGUUUACCUAUACCAAAACACAAAACUUAAAAGUUUUCUCAACGUUUUGGUCGAAUAAAAAAGAUGAUUAGUCCACUAUGAUGAAAAUGUGUAGUUUUUUCCUAGAUGAAUUGUUUUUUAUUUUCUGAAAUAGAAUUAUUGGAACGAAUGACUCGAAAAAAUUGUUUCUUAAUAAUAAUAAAAUAUUUUAUAAAAAAUUUAUUUUUGAAUUUUUUUUUUCUACAAUAAUUGAAAAAAAGAAACAGUUGGCUUUAUAUGCAAGUCUAUUUUUUUACGUUCGUUAAAAAAAAAAAUAGUGUUGCAAAUUAUACAAACAAACAUGUCUACACGAGCACGACUAACAUUUUUUUUCAACGUUAAUAAGACUUGUUUUAAUUAUUCUCAUUUUAUAUAUGACUAGGUUCAUUCACGAUAUCAUUCACAAUGAAACAGCAAGAACUAACUAAAGAUAGCAAUUUAAUAAUAAUACACUAUUAGAAAACAUUGUUUGUCUUAACAAAGGAUAAUAAUUCCAUAAAUUCAUCAUACAGUUAACUUUUGAGUAAGAGAAAAAAUAAUUUUAGAAAAUCAUUUUUUCUUCUGAAUUUAACAAGGAUUAAAAAAAAGCGAGUUUGUCAGCUUCUGUCGAUGUCAACUAAUGAAAAUGUUUUGUACAAAUGAGCUCGCGUAUGGGUGGGUUGGUAAUGGUCUGGGACACGACAAAAUGUCACGCCGCGCGUGUCACAAUUAGUUUUAUUAGUUUGUAAUAUCAUUCUAUACAAUUUACUUUUGAUUUAACAAUAUUUAAGUUGUGUUAAUGACAUCAAUGUUUUUAUCGUCUUGUCUUUUUAUUUCGUUCAUGUUUUCAAUAGUAAUGGGAAGCCCAUCUACUUUGUUCAAUUCGUCACUUUUAGAUGACUCUGGUAACAAAGGUCUUGCUCCGGAGAGUUUUAUGAAUAUGACUAUAUCUGAACUCAAUAGUACCGGAGUGUCGCCUGUUCAGUCACGGGGUUUGAAGAAGAGUAAACGCCCAGUAAUUUAUUCUAAAGGGUACAAGGUGUAUAAAGGAAAAUAUAGCGGAUAUUCAAAACCAAUUACAAAUGUUAAAGAUUUCGUUUACAGAAUUAAGACGACUGGAAAAACCAAGCUGUCGAAAUUGAAGGGGUAGAAGAAAGUCAUGCGUUGUUAUUUUUGUAAUUGAAAAAUAAUCAAUAUUUUUAAUUGUUUAUCUGAGUAUAUUUAAUAAGUAUAUUUUUCAAUCCUUAUUUGUCAACUUAAAGAUUGGUUUAAAAAUAAAACAAACAAAAUUUGUGCAAGUUUUAAAGUAAAGAAA